AUGGGGGAAGGUUCAAUGAGUUACAUAGAGAUUUCACACAAGCAUGCAGAAUCUAAAGAAGCCCUUGGUGAACUAAAGGUCAAGUACAUAGCUUCAUUGGCUAAGACAAAACAGUUGUCUAAGCAGUUUUAUGAACUCGGUGAAAAUAAUUCAUCUAAGGAAGCAAACAUUGAUGGCUUGUCUAAUGAGAUACAUGUUGAAUUGGCCACACCAGUAAUAGACAAAAAGGCCAGGAAAGAGGUUGAGGAAUUUUAUAUUGCACAAGACUAUUCAAAGGAGAUGAUUGAUGAGGCUAGAACCAGAUUUGAAGAAAAGAAGGCAGGAACCUCUAGUGCACCCACCAGUAGACAAACUCGAAGUGAAAAUGUCAAGAAGGAGAAUUCCCCUCCUCCUCCAAAGAUACAAAUUAGAAUAAAAGCAAAAAAAGAUGAGCCUCAAGCACCUAAAGCUACAAGGAAAAGGAAGAAAGAACAAGCACAAAAGUCUGUACAAGCUAAGACUGAGGAGGUUUUGAAAAAAAAAUUAGGACUUGAACAAGAGGAACUGGAGAAGAUAGAUUCUUCUAAGGAAGAAGAACUCUCUGAAGCACUGGAGAAUGAACAAUUUGAUGUUGUACACAUCACUGAGCCACUGAAGAAAGAUGAAGAAACACAGAAAGAUACUCAAGAGAGUGUGCAAAUAGAUGUUGAGAAAACUAAAAAGUCACCGAAGAAGGAAGAAGAUAAGCAAAAAGAAGAAGCACAUGAGAAGAAAGUGACCUACCAGUCACUUAAUUCAAAUAAAAUUAUUGAUGAUAUAAUGGAAAUCCAAGGACCAAUAAAUAUGGAUAUAUUGAUUUCAACAGAACUGAUGGAGAUUGCAUCUACAAUGCAAUCCAAGGCCAAGAAGAAGAUAAUGAGAACUCAAAUGAGAGAAGCUCAAACAAUAAAUAAUGUAGUUGAUAUAUUUUCUAGUAUGUUACUGGAGACUGACACUAAUAGUCUCACAACUCCCAUUGAAAAACUGGACCACUUGGUCACAUCUACAAGAGAGCAAAUGAAAAGUCUUGGAGAGGCUGCUCUACAUAAUAUAGAGAAAGAAUAUGAAAAGAAAAGAAAUGAGACAUUGAUCAAGGAAAUUGACAAAGACAAAGAAGGUCUUACUGUGAAUAUGGACCAAAUCAAAUAA